AUGAGCCUGGCAGCUGGCACCCGCGCCCCCGGCCCGCGGCCCAGCCCCGGGCUGCUGCUCCUACUAGCCGUCGCUCUCGCCCAAGAGUCGUCACUCCCCACUGUCCCCGCCCCACCCGCAGCAGACUCUGAAGGUGGAGCUGGAGACCUGCGCUGCGUGUGUGUGAAGACCACCUCUGCGGUCCAUCCCCGGAGCAUCUCCAGCCUGGAGGUGAUAGGGGCUGGGCUCCACUGCCCCAGCCCCCAACUGAUAGCUACGCUGAAGGAUGGGAGGAAAAUUUGCCUGGACCCGCAGAAUCCUCUGUAUAAGAAAAUAAUCAAGAAACUUUUGAAGAGUUAG